CGAAGGGCACUGCCGAGGGGCGCGGGCGCUGCCGGAAGCUGGGGCGGGGCGCCCGCGCGGGAUGCGGUGAAGGGCAAGCGGCGCGGCAGCGGCGAUGAGUGCCUCGGCGGCCACUGGGGUCUUCGUGCUGUCCCUCUCGGCCAUCCCGGUCACCUACGUCUUCAACCACCUGGCGGCCCAGCACGAUUCCUGGACAAUCGUAGGGGUUGCUGCCCUCAUCCUGCUCCUAGUAGCCCUGUUGGCUCGUGUCCUCGUCAAAAGAAAACCACCCCGGGACCCACUGUUUUACGUGUAUGCGGUUUUUGGAUUUACCAGCGUGGUGAACCUCAUCAUAGGACUGGAACAGGACGGGAUCAUUGACGGGUUCAUGACGCACUAUCUGAGAGAGGGUGAACCAUACCUGAACACUGCAUAUGGGCACAUGAUCUGCUACUGGGAUGGCUCUGCUCAUUAUCUGAUGUACCUGGUGAUGGUGGCAGCCAUAGCCUGGGAGGAAAAUUAUAGAACCAUUGGCCUAUAUUGGGUCGGAUCUAUUAUUAUGAGCAUCGUUGUUUUUGUGCCGGGAAACAUCGUGGGGAAAUAUGGAACACGCAUUUGCCCUGCCUUUUUCUUAAGCAUACCAUACACUUGUCUUCCUGUCUGGGCUGGUUUCAGAAUCUAUAAUCACCCAUCAGAAAAUUAUAAUUAUCCCCCAAAGGUCAUUCAAGAAGUCCAAGCAAAGGACCUGCUGAGAAGACCAUUUGACUUAAUCUUGGUUGUGUGUCUCCUUCUGGCAACUGGAUUUUGCCUGUUUAGAGGCUUGAUUGCUUUGGAUUGCCCAGCUGAGCUCUGCCGAUUAUAUACACAGCUUCAAGAGCCCUACCUAAAGGAUCCUGCUGCUUAUCCUAAAAUCCAGAUGCUGGCCUAUCUGUUCUAUUCUGUCCCUUACUACGUGAUUGCGCUUUAUGGCUUAGUGGUGCCUGGGUGCUCCUGGAUGCCUGACAUCACACUGAUACAUGCUGGAGGUCUAGCUCAGGCUCAGUUUUCUCACAUCGGUGCUUCUCUUCAUGCUAGAACUGCUUAUGUCUACAGAGUCCCCGAAGAAGCGAAAAUCCUUUUUUUAGCAUUAAAUAUAGCAUAUGGAGUUCUUCCUCAGCUCCUGGCCUAUCGCUGUAUCUACAAACCAGAGUUCUUCAUAAAAACAAAGGCAGAUGAAAAAGUUGAAUAAAAACAUUAUUUUAUGGUCUUCUCUAGA